UUUUCUCUCCCCUCCCUCUCGCGCUCUCUCUCCCUCUCUCCUCCUCCUGGUCGUAUCGCCACAGUUCCCAGAGACCAGAAGAGAGAGCGCACCUCCCAGCAGAUCCGCACUCUCCCCAGACUAUGGGGCAGCCGGGCUGAGACUGCCCAGACAGACCCUGCAGCAGCAGCAGUCGCAGCUGCUGCAAGUCAGCCAACCACCCAACGCGGAGACCCUCAGGCGGCCAGCGGCACCUCUCGGAGGACCGACUCUCAGAGCCAGCGACUUGCCCGCCUGCGCCCGCGGGACGCACGCGUGCCCUGUUCUCUUGCUAGUUCGCUCUGCUCUCGGAUUUACUGGCGGGCGAAAACGAUGUCUCUUCGCGGGGGGCUCGUGGGGCUUCUCCUUCUUUGUGAAGCUGUGUUGGGUCUUUAUUUUUCUCGGGACACUUACUCAGAAAAACUAUACAUUGACGAACCUGUUGGAACACCCCUGCUCUAUGUUCAUGCCUUACAAGAUGCCAGAGGGGAGGUGCCACACUUCCGCCUGGGCCAGCAUCUCUAUAGUACCUAUCGGUCUCAGCCGCACAAGAAUGACUGGUUCCAGAUCAAUGAAGAUACAGGCCUUCUCUACCUCAACCAAAGUCUGGACCAAAGGGCCUUGGAGAAACUGAGUGCCCGAAAUGGAGGAUUUCCCCUACUCACCAUCUACCUUCAAGUAUUCCUCUCACCAAAGCCAUUACGGGAGAGUGAUUGCCAUUGGCCCAGCUGUGCCAAAGUGAUGCUGUCUGUCAUCAAUACCACCAUGCCAGCCUGCAGUUCUCUGAAGCCUAGGGAAUUCUGCUUUUUGGAGACAGGGCUCUCAUUUCGCAUCAGGGAGAAUAAGCCACCGGGUACUUUCCACCAAUUCCGUUUACUUCCUGUGCAGCAUCUGUGUCCAAAUAUCAGCAUUUCCUACCAAUUGCUUGGAGAAGAAGCCCUUCCCUUCUAUUCUGAUAAGGACACCAUGGAGGUGAACAUGAGGCACUCACUGGACCGGGAAGAAAAGGAGAAGUAUGAAUUGAUUGCCAAGUGCACAGUUUGGGAAGGUUUGCGAGAAGAGGUUGUGAUGGUGCCCUUUCCUGUGACUGUAUAUGAUGAAGAUGAUUCACCUCCUAAUUUCCCCAAUGGCAUCAACACAGCUAAUGCAGUUGUGGAGUACAAACGGAAAGAGGGUACAGUAUUGGCUGUCCUGCAGGUUUUCGAUGCAGAUGUCGUGCCUUCCUCUGUGGACAUCCCAAGAAAGUACAUACAUACCAUGCUGACCAGUGACCCUUUGGUCAAUGAGUUCUUCCGGGUGGAACACUCACCAAAUGAAACUUCAUACAACUCUAAUGGAAGUCGUGUGCGGGCGAUGAUGCAUGAUUACAAACUGGUGCUCAACCGAAGCCUUCCUAUCACAGAGAGCCAUUCUUUCCAGCUGGGAGUCCUGGUGAAUGACACUGACUACCAGGGUCCUGGAGGAGUACUCCAUCUCUAUUUCAAUGUGACCAUCCUGCCUGUCAGCAUACGGUUUCCAAACAUCUCCUAUUCCUUCUCAGUAAAUCGGAAUGCUCACCGAUAUGCACAGAUUGGAAAAGUUUGCAUUGAAAACUGCAAGGAGUUCCAUGGAGUAAAUAUUACCUACAAACUACAGUCACUCAGUGUUAAUUGCACCGCUCUGGGCAUCAUCACCACCCCAGAAAGCACAACAGGGAAUCUGUUUGUGAAUGACACCUCUAUGCUGCAGAGACCGGAAUGCACAGGAAUGAAAUAUUUGGUAAUUGCAUCAGACAGACAGAGCAAGAAACAAUCCAGAACAACAUCUACUAUCUCAGUAGAAGGAAAUUUUUUCCCUGAGGAGGAGGGCUGUCCCAUUUCAUGUGCAGUGAACAAGAGACGUUCAGAAUGUGAAGAAUGUGGUGGCUUGGGCACCCUGAUGGGCACAUGCCAGUGGAGACAAGGAGAUGGCAAAGGAAUUUCCAAGAACUAUUCGACUUGCACUCCAAGCCUCAAGACUUGUCCUGAUGGCAACUGUGAUGCAGUAGAAAGUCGAGAUCUUCAUAUCUGCCCUCAAGAUUGCAUACGGGGAGACAUUAUUGGUGGUCAUGAGAGAGGAGAAUGGAGGGGAAUCAAGGCUGGAUAUGGAGUCUGCAACUGCUUUCCAGAAAAAAAGAAGUGUUUCUGUGAGCCGGAUGAUGAUAAAGAACCGCUUUGUGAUGAAGUCUGCAGAAUGGUCAUUGCCGUAGCCGUACUUUUCUCCUUCAUCUUCUCUGUGCUGCUCUCUUCCUACUUCAUCCGUCGCUACCACAAGAACUCCCACAAGCCACCCAUUGCCUCUGCAGAGAUGACCUUCAGGAGGCCUGCUCAGGCUUACCCCAUCAGCUAUUCUUCCUCCAAUGUUCGCCGGCCAUCUUUGGAUUCCAUGGAGAACCAGGUCUCAGUGGAUGCCUUCAAAAUCCCUGAGGAUCCAAAGUGGGAAUUUCCUCGGAAGAAUUUAGUUCUUGGAAAAACCCUAGGAGAAGGAGAGUUUGGAAAGGUCGUCAAGGCAACAGCUUUCCGACUCAAAGGGAAAGCAGGCUACACCACUGUGGCAGUGAAAAUGCUGAAAGAAAAUGCUUCUCCAAGUGAGCUCAAAGACCUGCUGUCAGAGUUUAACCUGCUAAAACAGGUCAACCACCCCCACGUCAUUAAACUCUAUGGCGCCUGCAGUCAGGAUGGACCUCUCUACUUGAUUGUGGAGUAUGCUAAGUAUGGUUCUCUGCGGAGCUUCCUCCGGGAAAGCCGGAAGGUGGGACCCAGCUACAUGGGAGGUAAUGGCAAUCGGAAUUCUAGCUACUUGGACAAUCCGGAUGAGAGGGCACUGACCAUGGGAGAUCUCAUUUCCUUCGCCUGGCAGAUUUCCCGAGGAAUGCAUUAUCUUGCAGAAAUGAAGCUGGUCCACCGUGAUUUAGCAGCUAGGAAUGUCUUGGUGGCUGAAGGACGCAAAAUGAAGAUUUCUGAUUUUGGCCUUUCCCGAGAUGUUUAUGAAGAGGACUCCUAUGUCAAAAGGAGCAAGGGCCGGAUUCCUGUAAAGUGGAUGGCAAUUGAGUCUCUUUUUGAUCAUAUCUACACUACCCAAAGUGAUGUGUGGUCAUUUGGUGUGUUGCUCUGGGAAAUUGUAACCCUAGGAGGAAAUCCCUAUCCUGGUAUUCCUCCUGAACGUCUCUUCAACCUUCUAAAAACGGGCUAUCGAAUGGAGAGGCCUGAAAACUGCAGUGAAGAAAUGUACAAUCUGAUGUUGCACUGCUGGAAGCAGGAACCAGAUAAGAGGCCAACAUUUGGGGAGAUCAGCAAAGACCUAGAGAAGAUGAUGGUGAAGAGUAGGGACUACUUGGAUCUUGCAGCUUCUACCCCAUCUGACUCCUUACUUUAUGAUGAUGGCCUUUCAGAAGAGGAGACUCCCCUCGUGGACUGUAAUAAUGCUCCCCUCCCUCGAACCCUCCCUUCCACAUGGAUUGAAAACAAACUCUAUGGCAUGUCAUACCCGAACUGGCCUGAGGAGAGUCCUGUCCCACUCACAAGAUUCGAUGGCACUAACUCUGUGUUUUCAAGAUAUGCAAAUGAUAGUGUAUAUGCUAACUGGAUGGUUUCACCCUCAGCGGCAAAAUUAAUGGACAAGUUUAAUAGUUAAAAUUUCUUUGUGAAAGGUAAUGGACUCACAAGGGGGAAGACACAUGCAAAGAAUGGAAAGUCCACUGGCUCGUUCUUUGUGCAAUUUAAACUGGUUAAGCCAAUGUUAAUUUCUAGAAUAGCAAACUCAUUUUUGGUAGUUUGUUUUAACUUUUUAAAAAUGGCUUUACUUAAAAUUACUGAUGAUUUCCCCAUCUUGGGAAACAUAUCAAGCUGGAUGAGAAUUCUAGUUCCAGUAUUUUAUUAACUCUUUUUUUUACUUCUCCUUCCCCCACUCAACAGAAAGUUCCAGUUUGGUAUCAGAUCACUACCUAAUGAACACUUCAUGCUUAGAAUUUUUCAGGUUAGUUAUUCACAGACAAUGGUAUUAGUAUAUAAUAAUUGUUUUACCUAAACCACUAAUUUUUUGGUUGCUGUGAAACAAGGCAACACAAGAAAAGCAUGAAGCACAAAAACUCAUAAAAAUAUUGUUCCAAAUUAAUUGCACCUGUUUGAAAAUCAGAAGGUUAGCAAAAGCUUGAUGCUAUAAUGAAACCCUGUCAUGGGGUAAAGAGAGAACAGGAAAUCUCAGUACAGAAUUAUCUCAACAUUUGAGAUCCUGAAAAUUUAUUUUACAAAGGUGUUGUUAUCUUUUCUUAGCAAAAAAAAAAUUGUUUUUACCAGAUUUAAAACUAUUCUAACUUUUAGCACAAUGAAGAGAAGUUUGAUACCAGAUAUGCUAUAUAUAAAGACUGAUGUAAGUGAAGAGUGCUCACAAAACUACAACAUAUUUACCAUUACAUCCAUCUUACUAUUAUUACAUAAUUCCAUAAUCAUAAUUAUUUCUAUGAGAACAGUGUAGAAAAUACAGAGUAUUUUCAACUAAAUAUGUUCCAGAGAUUUCUCUCAGUGAUUCUGGAUGGCAGAAGGGACCUUUUCAGCUUCCAGUCCCAUUGUAUGCUUUCAAUAUAUAAUGUCACUAUCAACAUAGUUUAUAUUAAAUUGUUCAUCUUGCAAGUUAAUGAGUAGCUUAGACUCACAUUCAGUUUAGUUUGUCCAACAGUUACUAUUACCAGCUUCUUUAUAUAGGAGGCAUUCUAGAUAAUUAUGUUAGAAAUAGCAUUAACCAUGAAGAAGAGAUGCUACAACUUGGAACAGGAGAGCAUACAGUUUCAAUAGAGUUCAGAGAAUGUUUUGGCUCUUAUAGAGCUUCCAUGAAAAAGGUACAUGGAUGGACUAUUUUUUUUUCUUGUGUUUUGUAAUUUAAAGCUGCUGUAGCAAGAAUUUUUGUUCUUUUAAAAGUAUUUGAACUCACAAGCAACUUAUUAUAUAAUUCAGUGUUCCUGAAUAGUCAUAUUUAUUCAAAACAUGAUUCAUGUGUUGUAGUUUGACUUGUAAGUCUCUGUGGGUAUUAUUUUGUUGUCAGCACAAUAUGUUACCAGUAUGCUCAUAUCUAUCAUUUCAUAAAGGAGAGUCGGGUUGCCAAAACACUGCCUGAUCUUUAGAUUUCAAGCACUGUGAUAGGAUUUAAAAUAGUUUUCUUAAGAAUACUGUAUUUUAUAAAAAAAAUUAAAAAGUAGUACUAUUUUAGCUUUUUGGUUUGACUGAGAGAACUAGUGUGUGAAUUGGUUAAAAAAAAUAUAUAUAUAUACAUAUAUGUAUGUGUGUGUAUAUAUAUAUAUAUAUAUAUAUAUAUAUAUAUAUAUAUUCUUCCACUCUUAUGGUAUAAUGAAAGGAAUGAAGAUCUGACUUGUCAUGUUACAGAGCCUUGAGUUUAUGACGUUUUGAAGGUAUACUGUGACAGUUCUCUUUUAAAUAGCUUUUGUGGCAAAAUGUUUGCUUUUUAUGAUUUAUGAUAGCUUUAUCAAAUAGAAAAAUUUAAGGAUAGACUCUCUAAAUAGUAAAAGUUCUUACACAGUAAAGGUGCAUUACUGUAGUAAGUUGACCAGCCCCUAUGAAAAGAAGAAAAAGGAGGAUUUUCAGAAUGUCUUGGUUGAUGGAUAUUAUCUCUGACUUCAUGCAUCACCUGAUGUCUGUCUCUGAACUGGGAAAAUAUUAGGAUUUACCAGGCAUAUGGAUCAUGAUUUCUAUAUACAUAUGUGCAGGAGAACUUACCAAGGACCAAGUAAAAUCUCAGUUAUUUGGGGGAAAAAAGAUUUAAAUUCUCAUUACUAAAGGCAAUUAUACUAUGCUGAUUUUUUUUUUUGGUAAUUAAACCAAUUUCAGUCAUUUAAAUAAAAAAAAUCAUGUACCAUAAAAAUUGCAACCUUCCUUUUUUUUUACAUUCCUAGUUUGAAACAUCAAGUUUUAAUUUAUGAAACCUUAGGAAUGAAAAAUUACCCAAACAUAAUAGAUUUCAUAAUGGAGACUAAUGGGAAAUGUUUUAGUUACAAAAAUCACUUGAAGUCACUUAACCCCCAAUUGUCUCAGGAAAAAAAAUCAUUUGAAGACAUCCCAAAUGGCAUCUUGAUACACAAUUUAGCCAACUAAGGAAAAGCAUUGGAAAAAAAAAACUUAUUACAUGUAAAAACAAAACCAAAACACCUACACACACAUGUUCAUGUGUAAGUUAUUAGUUUAAAACCUUCGUAAUUAUCAGACAUUCAACUGGCUACUUUUUAGCCCCUCCUACCCUCAGUUGGGGGAAUAAACAAAGCAGUUGUGAUCUGCCUUAUUUACUCAUUUGGGGAGCAAACAAAAGUGGUGGUGUUUUUUUCUUUGCCUUUUCCCAGGUGGGGAGUGAUAUGGUGUUAGAGAGACAUAUACAGCAUGUAAAAUAUAUAACACAAAUGAAUUCAAGGGCCAGGGUUGAGAUUUCACCCCUAAUGUCAGUAAAGCUUGACUACUAACUGUUGACUUUUCAAAUCUUCCUAUCUAAUGACCAUGAAUUGGAGAUGAUUUUAUAUCAGCUCUUCAUUAACUUCUCAGCAAUAAAUGAAAUUAAGAAUCAGUUGAAAAUAUCAAAUGUUAUGUGCUAUCUAUUGACUUGUAUUUCCAUAUGGAAUGUUUUUGUGCAUCUCCCAUCUCCAGAGUACACAUAAAAACUAAGGCAACUUAAGUAGGGGUUAUCAAUGUGUCUGCUAUAGCUGUUCCUGAUAUCAGUACCCCAUUUAUGUUGCCUGGUUUCUCUUAGGACCCCAGAGGAAAGAUAUAGGGAUCUUGGAUGUCCUUGAUAUAUUAGUUCCCUUUGACUUUUGAAAAUCCCAAAACUUGUAUAUUUCAGAGUUCCCCCAGCAAAAUGAACUAGAAGAUGCCUUAAAGAAUUAACAGAAAACUAUGAAUGUAAAUAAAAAAUUAUAGAAGAGAUUCCACCAAAAGAUUAAUAGCUCCCGCAUCCUCUGAAACUAAGGCUUCCCUCCAACACUCAGAAGCCAGCAUAUGGUAUGUGAUCCAGACCUAGUUGUAUGAAUUGCCGAAAAUCAGCAGAAUUUGGGCAAAUAUAUUAUCUCAAAAAAUUAGAAGGAAAAGCAUAAAUUUCUCCAUUCUAUAUAAGGCAAUAGGAAACUUUUAAGACAAAAAAAUUAUUGUUUCAUAUCUUUUGCUUUGAGCUAUAACAUAGAGGAAAAACUACUUUGGGAAUUAUGAAAACAAGUCUAAGAAACUUCCUGCUUGUAGGACAACUUCAAAUCACUAUUAAUCCAAGGGGGAAAUUAAUUGUUACUACAUGUCAGUUUGUAUGUAAUUGUCAUUAUUACAAGCAUGAAUGCAAAGAAUCACACAAUAUAUUAAUGAUCCUAUAUGUACAUAUAUAUUUUAUUACCCAUAGUCCUUAAUGGGAAAAUAAAUGCCAGUCCACACCAAAAUAUAUUGUCCUUGAAACUGGUACCACUUCUACUUAUCCUUCACUUAUUAACUCUCUCUCUUGGAACAAAUACCCUUCAAUGAAAGUAAAAAAUCUUCAUAAAUAUUUGUGUCAGCUAUUUUUUUGUGAAAAUGGAUUAGAUCUUUGUCUUUUUCUUUGACCUGUGUAGGUCUACACCACUUCUCUAGAGAGAAUAGAUGCAAAUUAUCAUGGUUGAUGAUGUAUUAAGAAGAAACCAAAGUUAAAUUUGUUAACUCAAAAUUCCCAUUUUCUGUGGCUGAGUUAUGUUUUCUUCUAAAAAGUUUGGACUUUUUAAGAGAACAAGCAGCAAUUUUUGGCACUGCUUCACUAAUAAGCCUUAAUUGGUAUUAAUGCAGCAAAUUCUGGAAAUGCUUAAAAGAAAUAGUGGUUAACAUUAGCAUUUCAAUUUUUAAAAAUACUCUGUAAAGUGUCAAGAGCAUUAGAGAAUGUUCAUCAGAGCAUUGAGUAAAGAAAAUUAGCUGUAAAACUGUCUGUGGUACAUUUGACAUGAUACAUGCAAAUUCUUUCUUAAAAGAAGGCAAGUAUAACAACAACACAAGAGAUAUUAAGAUACAAUUUUAGGAAAUGAUCUCUACAAGGCCAUACAUCUGCCUAUUUUCAGAAAACUGAGCACUCGGGGUUUAGUGGAUGAGCUAUAGAAGGAAGAUUUUAUAAUUUCUCAGGCAAUGAAAAGUUGGGGGGAUGCUCAAAUACAGGAUACAUUACAAUUAUAUAUGUCAACUCUUGAAUAAAACAUUAAAGUUUGUUUUAGGUGUCUGUUUUUUUAUUAUAUCUAUAAGCAAUAACACACAAAUAACAGCAAAGUACCAACCUGUAUUUUGGUGGCAUUAUGUGAUAUUUAAAUGGUGCCUUGCUGGUUCAGUUUACUUUGCUGUGUGAGAUUUUUAACAUGGAACUUUUUUUUGUCUUAUUAAAAAAUUCUCACUUUAUCAAGUAUUAGGAGUUUUAAAAUUUGACAUUUUCUGGGAAGAAUCACAACUAGUAUUCUCAUAUACAAUUUUUUUUUCUUUCACUUCACAUAAAAUAGGUGCUGGCCACAUAUCCAAAACUUUAGCAUUUGUUCUAAAGGGCUAUUACCACAUUAAGUAAGGCUGGUAAAUCUUGACUAGUUGGAUGACUACCAGUUCUCUGUGCUUCCUAUGGUUUUAUGCAACUACCUCUGCAGUCAAUGAAUGAAUAUUUACCUCUCUUUCACUUCCUACUUUUUCAGGAUGGAUUUUCAUUUUUGUUCCCUCUCUUUACUAUAUAUCCUCCUUGUAGUAGAAGGAACUCCUUGUACUCCAAAGUCUUAGAGUUCUAGAGAAAUGAAUCUUGAUUUUUUUGUGUGUUCAUAAAAGGAAAGAUGCUGACAAAUCUCUGGUAGCAAUCCAGUGCCAAAUCAAGAUUUGGUUCCUCUGGGGGCCAAGAUCUUAAGACUCAUGAAGAAUAGAUUAAAUAUAUUGUACUAUUAAUGUCUAUGCAGCUUUUUGCACGUGUAAAUCUCCUUUAGAUUUCCAAUAUCUGGAACAUGAGGUCAUUUCAAGGAUUUGGCAGCUUUUAGUAGUGCCCAGAAAUGGAAAGAACUAUUGAGAACAAUUGAUUAAAAGAAGGAGAAAAAUGAGUUGGGCUAAUUGCAGAGAUUUAGGUUUAUAAAAUAAUUCUCUGAACUGUGAAAAGAGAAAAAAAUGUGACUUUUUCAGGGAGUUAUAAUAAUUAUCAACAUUCUUUAAUACCCAAGAGUCAACAGCCAGAAAAUUAAAAACGAACCUUGUGUUUCUCAACUGUAAAAUGAAAUUCAAUAAAGUAUGUUCAUCAUAAAGGAACCACAUGAUAUAAAUGUUUCUGUGCUCAAUUUUUUUUAUUCAAAGUAAAACUUUUCAGAAUAACAUAAGAAUACCAAACUUUAAUCUUCCCUCAAAAGGUGUCUCUUCAUUUCUCAAGUUCAUGUUGCCAUAAAAAUCAGUGCAUGUCACUGUCAAAACAGAUUUCUAUAACGUAAUGGGGUCAUGUAAACCCCAAGCACUCACUCCCACCCUCCAAAAGACAGUCAUGAGAAUGGAUCAGGAAAAAAGGCUGAUUGUCUCCCUUAAAUAGAGAGGUUGAGUCAACUAAGUGGUGCAAUGAAUAGAAU